UGGGGCAAGACAGUCGUGUUACAUGGACACAAUGUCAUCUGGACAAACCGUUACCCUAGGAUGUACAGACAACCAGCAAUGUGGUGUGAGUGCUGGUGCGGCCGGAAGUUUAGUUGGUAGAGGUGUUAACAGACGACAACAAUCCCAAUGUCACGAGUGUUGCAGCACGGAUAAAUGCAAUAAGAAUCUUUGUUCUCAUCUGACACCUGGAACAUGCAUUGAUGACGCUAAAGCUGACUGUGCAUAUUUGAACACAUUUUUCGACAUAUGUCAAGAUAUUCAUCACGCAAAGUUAGUAUGUCCUAACUUCUGCAAACUAUGUCCAUUGGUGGAUGGAAACUGGGCAAGAUGGUCUCAGUGGUCACCUUGUGAUGUCACAUGUGAAAAUGGGACUCAAACUCGGACAAGAACAUGCACGAAUCCUGCCCCGGCACAAGGGGGUUUAGACUGUAUCGGCUCAAACAUAUCAACUAUAUCUUGCUCAAAGGAACUUUGCCCAGUGCAUGGUGGAUGGACAAAAUGGUCGAGCUGGGACGCGUGUUCUGUAACUUGUGGUGUAGGUAUAGAAAGGCGACAUCGUAAUUGCUCGAACCCGAUACCAGACAGAAACGGACUUCCAUGUUUUGGCGACACAUUAGAUGAUAGAAUAUGCUUACCCGGUCCAUGUGCAAAUGGUGGUUGGACUGACUGGGGACAAUGGAGCACCUGUUCAGUGACGUGUGGGGACGGUUUAAAGUCUAGAUCACGUACCUGCACAAAUCCGUCACCCUCGCCACAGGGAAAAUAUUGUGAUGGAGAUUCUUUAGAAGUUGUUUCCUGUAGGAAAAGCAGUUGUAGUCCAAAUAUAGUAUUUAAAGCAAAGAAUGUAACAAACAGAAUUCCUGGAAAUGGAGGCACAGUUAUAUUUGGCUCUACAAUUGUUAACGGAGGAAAUGCUUAUAAUACAUCUACUGGAAUCUUCACUGCACCUGUCAGCGGAACGUACUCAUUUAGUAUACAACUGUGUGCACAAUCCAAUACAGAAAUGACAGCAGACAUCAUAGUUGACGGGACAAUAUAUGCGGCCUUAUAUGUAUAUGAUAAAGAUAAGAAUCCAUGUGGUAGUACAGAUACAGCUGCUGUUUUACACGGACAGUCAAACGUAUUUGUUAAAUGCACUACAGGUUGUACGUUCACUAAUAUAUUUCAAAAUAGGUAUUAUGUGAACUCGUUCUCUGGAUAUUUGAUUCACCAAUAAACUUAUCUUUUUGUC